AUGGUCACUAAGACUGCAAUCAACAAUCUGUCCGAGUUUGAGCUUGAAAAUUGUGUCGAAGGUCUUGCUCAAAUAGUCGGAGCAUUUCAUAAAGCGGUGGUUUUGGAUAAAGUCACACUCGAGCUUAUGAGCGCCAUGAUGGUGAUGAUUUCAAACGUUCGAAAACUUGUACUCGAAGUGGACAGUAUAACUGGAGUUUCUGACGAAAAUACAGAACCGCGUGGCCAAGAAGCAUUUCAAAAAGUAUCAGGGUCAGAAUAUAAAUCUACACUUCUUGGUUGUAUUUUUUCAAGCGUAUGGCUUCCUGCUUCGAAUGCUCUCAAUAUCAUAUCCGUUCUCACCGAUGUUGAAAUGACAUUUGAAGAAACCAAGAUGUUUACUCGGAAAGUUAUAGAGUGCUUCCCCGCGAUUUCUGAUCAUGACAAACCAAAUAUUGCACACACACUGAUACUGCUGUCUAAAAAGGGAGAAAAGUCCAUGAUUUUAUCAACGCUUUCCAAAAUGCUUUUUGACUGGUUCUCAUCUGUUGGAUCCACAGAAUCGGUUGUUUCGCGUCACAUUAUUGGGUCGAUUUUGACAAAUAUAUCUUUUGCCAUACGCAAUGAUCAGAGUCUUUGUGAAGAGUUUACAAAGUGGAUACGCAACGAUCACACAAGAGUGUUUAUCAAUUAUAACUUUGCACUGUUGCUAUUGAUUGUACAUGUGCCUCAGUUUGAAACAGCUACUCUGGAUCUUAUUUUGGCGUCCAUGAAAGUAUGGCUGGAAGCUGUAGAUUGCACUCGUAAUAUUCAUUGGCUAUCUGAUGUUAUGAACAUGCACUCAUAUAAUUUUGAGCUGAAAAUCGCUACAAUGCUUGAUCCAGACAUUUUUGGCGGAUCUGGGGUGACUGAUCAGAUUGUUUCAGCUUUACUCAAACUUGGAUGUUGCAUUUUAGAUAGCCCAAAUAGUGCCACCAAAAGAAAGGGAGAUGCGGUUCAGCAAAAACGACUGUCUAUGGCCAAUACUAUACUAGUAUCUAUUUUCAAGAUCAAGGAAAUGGUCAACAAUAUAUAUGCCAUGCCCGAAGAUGUCAGAAAAAGGUUUAUAUCGGCUGUUUCUCCCUUGAUUGUGUGUGAUCGUUCAAUCUUUGACAGCACAAUGCUUGUUCUCCGAAAAGGAUCAUUUCAAAGAGAGCUUGCCUUUCGCGAAACCGCAUUGAAUGGACUCCUAAACCUGCUUGUGAGCAUUGACAAACUUGAAAACAAUUUAGUUCUUGAUCAUACCACCAAGUUUGAGCUUAUUGGCUAUUUGCGACGCUUUUUGUCCCAACAAGCGGAUAUUCGUGACCGACUUUACACUCAAAUGUUGAGUAUUGUAUGUACCAGCCCAUCACUGACUGAUACAAUUUUAAGUAUUGUUUGGACUCAGUUAUCACAAUAUCUAGAGCCAAAUGGAGAAGGACUGAAAUUCGAUCUUUGCUAUUCGAAAAAGCAACGCACUAUAGAGAUUAUAGAACCACUUGGAGUUUUAUUUCAUACUUUGAGUGUUAUUUUGUCCAAAGAAUCGGCACUAUCAAACACAAGUGAUAUCGAACAUGCAGCAAUGAUGGGUACUUUGUUGCGUGUCAUUGGUACUUUUACAAAACUUCAUCUUGAGGAUCUUCCUCUUGAAGAAAUGAAAAUGCCAAGCAAUGUUGAGAUUGAUUCUGAUGAAUUGGAGAAUCGUCAGCUUAGACUUCAAAUGAUGAUUGGUGUUUAUGAGGCAAUGCUGGGUCACUGUUUUCUACAUGGCGACGGACUAGACGAAUGGUCAGAGUUUGUGGUUAGUCUAUUCAAGCGACUCCGUGAACUUAAAGGCGUUCAAAAAGAUUUUUUUUCAAAAAAUAGAUUCGGGUACAAGGAAAAACGCGUUCCAUGUGUAUUAUCGUUUCAAAUAUGUGCACCGAUUAUUUGCAAGAUUUUUGAAAGCAGUCAUAGUAGCAGUGAAAUGGGCAUUUUUAUUUUUGCUGCAGCCAGUAACCAACUGAAUUUGAUGUCCAAAGACCUUUCAACUUUCAACAAUGACAACUUUUUCACGGAAAAGGGAGCUCAAAUCGUCAAAUGUGACAAGGUGGAUUUUAAAAUGGUUUAA